AUGGCUAUAGAGGGACAAACAUUUGUUCUCGUCGCAAGCCAGAUCAUCACGGAACUAAACUUGGAGAAAAACAAUCUGCUUGGUAAUCAUGUUACAAAAACGCCCAGAGUUGGGUUAUCUCUGAUAUUUAGCCCUGCUUGCAAGCCUUUGUGCGAGCCUGUUGGCCGUGAAGAGGAAGCUAUCUUGAAUGCAGAUGUAGACCUUAGCGACAUCGAUUAUCCGAAAGCGGUAUGCGGGGCCUCAUUGAGUAUUCAUAUCCGAACUAUGUUAUAA